AAGUCAUAUCUAAGUUAAAAUAAGACUAUAUACAAAGAUAUUUAGUAAUGAAUUUCUUUUCUCAUUCCUAUGGUGUUUAAAAAGAAGGAUCAAGACUAGCUUUAGUUUUUGGAAUUCGUGUGACUUUCGGAAAGAGCUUUGAAAUUCGCCGGAAAAUAGCAAUAUUUUCCAUUGAAGAUAGUCAGGAUGGGGAGAGGAAAGAUAGAGAUAAAGCGGAUAGAGAACAACACAAACAGGCAAGUGACAUUCUGCAAAAGGAGAAAUGGACUGCUGAAGAAAGCUUACGAACUCUCAGUUCUCUGUGAUGCUGAGAUUGCUCUCAUUGUUUUCUCUACUCGUGGCCGCGUCUAUGAAUACUCUAACACCAAUAUAAAGGCAACAAUAGAACGGUACAAAAAGGCAACUACAGAAACCUCUAGUGCAUACACUACUCAAGAGCUCAAUGCACAGUUUUACCAACAAGAAUCAAAGAAGCUGCGCCAACAGAUACAAUUGAUGCAAAACACAAACAGGCAUUUGGUAGGUGAAGGAGUGAGCUCGUUGAAUGUGAGGGAACUGAAGCAGUUGGAGAACAGACUUGAACGAGGCCUUACAAGAAUUAGGUCAAAAAAGCAUGAAAUGAUACUAGCUGAGACUGAGAAUUUGCAGAAGAGGGUAAUUUUCUUGAAACUUGUUUGCUUUUUCCUAGUAGACUCUUAGGGUGUGUUUGGUAUGAAGGAAA